GCGGUAUCCGUGAACUAUCUCGAAGGUCAUUAUUUACGAUCGGAUUUUGUAGUUCGCUCAGGAACAGCGUUAACAAGUGGACUUUGGAAUCUCUUCCGGACUAUGUUCAAUUGUUCCAGUGGUUUUUCAUAGACAGUGCUUGGAUGAUUGUUUAUUUAGAGAUGCCAAUAUGGCCUCGACACGAAUGUCUUCUAAUGACUAUGACUGAGGACAAGUAAGAGUUAAAUCGAGGAUGGGGUACAAAUGGACGUGCGUGUUCGCGGCGGUGCUGCAAAUAAUUGGAGCAGCACGGCCGACAUGUCCGAGCGACCCCAACUGCGUUUGCGGCGGCACGCUCGCCGUCGAACUCAAUUGCAAUGUCGAUGGUCGGACCAUCAAAAUAAAUUUAUUGCCGGAUAUAUAUAUCAACAUCAAAUGUGAGAACGCAUCUUCUCUAGACUACACCAAGUUGCCAAGAUGCGCUAGUCCUCAAAGCUCUUUUAAAUCUGUCAGUUUCAAAGACUGUCCAUUACCGGCCACGUCAUUCAAAGACGUUUUAACGAGUUUGGGUGUUUCAAAAACUAUGGCAUUAAUAUUCCAAAAUACUAAAAACUUAUCCGGUUUCUUUGACAGAAAGCACUUUGCAGGAUUACAAGACUUGACGAAACUAUUACUGUCGGUCAAUGGGAAUACGCAACUUCCCGACAAUCUGUUUAUGGAUAUUAACAAUUUAACUUGGCUGAACAUCAGAUCGAACAGCAUUUACCUUUCGGAGAAUCUGCUUAAACCACUUGAAAGGUUGGAAACCCUGGAAAUAAGCCAUAACCACAUGACUAAUAUAUCAUCAAAUAUGUUUUCCCAUUUGUCUUUUCUGAGAAAACUUUCACUGUGGCAGAGUAAUGUCACAUGGUUUUCAAAAGACUUCUUCACAGGAGUUAACGUCCUAGAAGAGCUCGAUCUCAGUUCGAACGGUUUAAAUGAGCUGCCGGCUCCGAUUUUCAAACCGCUGAGGAAACUCAAAAAGUUAACCCUGUUUUCAAACAAGUUUUCGUCACUUCCUCGAAAUCUUUUCAAAAGCAACAGAGAGUUAGAAACUGUCAUUAUUCUCAAUAACGACGUGACACUGAAAGAGUUGCCAAAGUAUUUGUUUGGGAGUUUAACGAAUUUAAAGCAAGUGUACGUUCAAAGAUGUGGUUUGAUGACUGUACCAUACGAUUUGUUUGUUGAUUCUCCCAAUAUAACGAAUAUAUCGUUAGCAUACAACAAUCUCAAGGCAUUGCCUGAAGCUAUCUUCAAUGACCAGAUUAAUCUACUAGAGUUAGAUUUGAGCCAUAACAAUCUAAAGGAUUUGGAACCGAAACUAUUCUCGUCUUUAGUACGAUUGGAAACGCUGAACUUGGAUUAUAAUAAUUUAGUGGAAAUUUCUGGCUCAACGUUUUCGUCAUUGUUAAGUCUUAUGUACUUAAGCGUCGAGCACAAUAACCUGAAAACUGUUUCGUCAUAUUUAUUCAGCAACAGCAAACAGAGAAUGUACAUAUCCCUUGCAUAUAAUAAUCUAAAUUUUGAAAACAAAGGGUUGGACAAUAAUACAAGGCCCGCAGAGCCAGUCCUCUUAUCCCCUUUCAGUAACACAUACAGUUUAAGGGUAUUAAACCUGAGUCAUAAUGAAUUUAAAAACACUUUCGUCGAUUGGUUUGCAAAUGGACACGACACAUUAGACAUACGAUAUAACGAGAUCUCUAUACUAAUGGAUAAAGGAAUUGAUCUAAUGCCGAUAAAAAAACGACAUCUGAAUCAAGGUCAUUCAUACCACCACGUUCUAGUCGCAAAUAAUCCUAUCACUUGCGAUUGUCACACCUGGUACCUCAUAAAAUAUAUGGAAGAUCGACAUUUCAAGUGGGACGAUAAGGCUGCUUUGCGAUGUCCACGCUGGAGCAAAUUGUGCCAGAGAAAUGAAGAAGUCCUUUACGCAGUGUGUGUUCUUGUUGCAUUCGUUUUUAUAACUGGAGCAAUAGGUUUUCACUUUUACCGAAGAAGACUUUACCAUGUUACAAAAACCACUAUUCGCAAAGCAUUGGACUCUACUGUACCAAAACCUAGACAGCUACAUUUAACUAUAAAAUGCGUCAAAGAAGAUAACGAAUUUGUGCUCACAAAUAUUGUACCUGUUUUGAAUGCGUAUCAUAAUAUUACCACAGAAGUUAUUUAUCCCCAUAACUGUAAAAAAACGAACACUGAAAAAUAUAUAACAGGUGAUUCAAAAGAAAAGCGCAUUACUCUCGUGGUGUUUUCGCCCAACUACUUGACAUCUGCUUAUCGCGAUGUGAACAUAAAGAAAAUUCGUGGCGAAAUAUUAAAGACGCGGAACACAAUUUAUGUAUUCGUGGAUAUUGGUCCAGAAAAUUCAAUAUACGCAUUUCUAAAGGAGCAGAGAGAUUACCGUACUACAAUUUUGUGGAAUGAUUCGAAGUUUUGGCAAAAUUUGUUAGUGUUAGUGAAGUAUAAUAAACGCAGUAAGCAAGCCGCUCGUGAACGCCCCGCCAGCUCUGUAAAUGCUGAUGUUACUCGACUUGGAUGCCCUCACUUAUACGAAAUUGACCCAGUUGCUCACAGUCAAGUUUAGUUAAAUCUGUUUUUAAUUUAGUGAGGUAAAGACUGAUCUCUGUCAUGUUGAAAACCAUUGUCAUAAUUUUAUUUCCAUUUAAAUCAUUGUAGAUUCAUACAAAAGAACGUACGUUAUAAUUUUUACAACUAUGCAUGUUGGUAUAGUUAGAAUUCAAAUUAAAUUAUAGAUAUUGUUUUAGUUAUGAAAUUAUUGUGAAAAUGCAUGUGAAGUAAUUUUUUACGGAGAUAUUUUAUCUUGUAAAAAUUAAUGAUAAGGAUGAUUGUUGAAUAACCUGUGUAUGUAGGUAAACCUACUAUUUGUUAGAUGUAUUAUGCUUCAACUUCGAUUAUAAGUGGAUUGAUCAACAACACGAUACGAUCCCUCAGACGUAAAGUCCUGUUUCGUUAAAUGGUAAGCAUACAUUUUGUGAAAAAUACUCAUUAAAUAUUAAGUUUCGAGGAAACUGUAUAUUGCUAAGAACUGUAAACCACAGUUUGUAUUUAAAUAAAAAUAAAAGUUA